CUCAAACACUUCGAUUAUAUUAAAUCGGAAAAACGACAAUUUGUAUGCUUUGAUAUGGUAGCAUUAACAUAUUUGGAAAAACAAUGAACCCAAUUUGAAAGACAGUAAAAAAGGGAAAUCAAAGAAAAUUUGUUGAGAAAGUUUUGGCAGAGAACGUAGGCUUAAUAAUUCUCUGGUUUCGGGUUCACGGAUGCAACAAAAGACGGGCAACUUUUUAUUUUUACAAAUUCAUUUUAAAUUUAAGAAAUUUCUACUAAUAAUACCGCAGUUAUACAUAUAAGAACGUUUUGUGUGGGUACAACACUUGUAUUCAACAGUGUUUUUGCGUGAGUUAGAAAAUUUAUGGAUUAUGUUUAUUGUGGCGCUGAACCGCCAGAGGACAUUUUAAAUGUCUACGAUGGCGGCGGCCAACGCGCCACGGGUCACUUUUCGCCAAAUUUUAAUGGUUUCAAUAUUAGCUCCGGGGACCCAGGCUACAUGGAACUGGUUCCCAUACUGGCAGAUGGCGGCGAAAAUUUUGGUGUAUCAGCGCUAGCAUUUGACGAUUAUGAGGAGUUGCUCUGGAUGGGUAAUCAAGGGGGCCACGUCACAUCAUACUACAGCGGCACAUUGCAAAAGUACACUUCUUUUCAAGUGCAUGCCAGUGAUAUUGUGCGUCAGAUUAUAACGAUCGAUGCGGGUAUUUUGGUACUAACGCAAACAUCGUUGCGACAUCAAAUACGUCGUGGCAUACCGAAAUUCACACACCGUUCGAAGAGCAUGUCGGAAAUGGUGUGUAUGCAAUUGCUGACACCACAUCGUCUGGUCAUGGCCGGUCUACAAGAUGAAAUGAUCGAAUUCGAUUUGCGUACAUUGAAAGAAACAAAAGUGGAGCAUGUCGGUUCAACAGGCUGUACAGUUUUACGUAAAAAUUCACGUUUUCUAUUCGCUGGUGAUCCAUUUGGUAUGGUAACUUUGCGCGACUUGAAUACGCUACAUGUUGAGCACACCAUCAAAACUCAUACUGGCAGCUUAUCUGAUUUCGAUGUACAGGGCAAUUAUCUUAUCUCAUGUGGUUAUAGCGGCCGACAAGGCACAUUGGCAGCCGAUCGUUUUCUCAUGGUGUAUGAUCUGCGUAUGUUGCGUUCAAUAUCGCCCAUACAAGUUCUAAUUGAUCCACAGCUAUUAAAAUUCUUACCAUCACAAACUUCACGUUUGGCAGUGGUCUCGAGUUAUGGGCAAAUACAGUUAGUAGAUACGGUUGAAUUGAGCGAACCACGUGUAUCAAUGUAUCAAAUAAAUACAACUGGCAGUCAAUGUUUGAGUUUCGAUGUGUGCUCCUCAUCCCAGGCAAUGGCCUUUGGCGCACAAUCGGGUCAUAUAAGCGUUAUUGCUGCCGUCAAUACACCGCAACCACAAUUCAAUGCCUUCUCACGGAAUACAGAGUUUGCUGAUCCAGUGCCGCAGUUGCCUUUCGUACCCAUCACAGACACCACAUUUCCGCUCUCAUCGAUUGUCCUGCCACAUUUGGUGACUGGCGCACAUUGGUUUUCCGAUUGGCCAGCCGAAUUGUUGCGUUACCAAUAUCGUCGACCGAAACCGAUUGAGGCAGAUGUGUUGAAUAGUAUGAAAAUGCAAGGUCCCAUCGGCUAUUCACCAAAUCCACGUACCGUACGUCGCAAUCAAACACCAUACACAUUGGACACACCAAAUAGUUUGGCUACAAAUAGUAAUGGCAUGAACAGUUCGGCAAAAACGACGGAUAGUGGUGUUAAAAUCAUACCGCGCCGUUAUCGCAAAGUGGAAUUGAAAUAUUCCAAGUUGGGUACGCAAGAUUUUGAUUUCGAACAGCACAAUCAGACAUGCUUCGCUGGUCUGGAGGCUACAUUACCAAAUUCCUAUUGUAAUUCCAUGCUACAGAUUUUAUAUUUUAUUGAACCACUACGUCAAAAGUUAAUUGAACAUUCUUGCAAAAAGGAGUUUUGUUUGUCCUGUGAACUCGGUUUUCUCUUCAAUAUGUUGGAUAAAAGCUCGGCUGGCUCUCCUUGUCAAGCCAGCAAUUUUCUACGUUCAUUUCGCACAGUGCCUGAGGCGUCAGCACUGGGCCUUAUACUGUCCGAUCGUUCGUCCAAUGUUAAUUUAAUAAGUCUUAUACAGAAUUGGAACCGUUUUAUUUUACAUCAGAUGCAUUAUGAAAUGGUGGACUCGGAGAAGAAAAGCCGCUUGAAUAGCGGUACAAGCACAAGUAGUUCGGAUGAAAAUUCGGCUGGCAAUGACAAACCUGCCAUGGACAUCAACAACAAAGCAGGCGAAAUAUUUCAAACAAUUGAUAUGAAAGAAAACGAUGAUCGCGAACGAAGUAAAACCAACGAAGAAACGGAAGUUAGUCGACUGUUUGGCACUAGACAAGAUUGCAUUAAUCGAUGUCUGAAAUGUAAUGAUGAGAAAACCAAACAGAACAUAUUAUUGGCGUGUAAUCUCGCUUAUCCGCUGCAAGUAAAAGAAGGAGAGCAAUUUCAUUUUGGUUCCAUUUUGAAAGCCUCACUUAGUACGGAAAAGCAUAUACAAGCAUUUUGUGAAAGUUGCAAAAAAUUCUCACCCACGAAGCAAAGUGUUAAGGUUACUUGUCUUCCACAAAUAUUGGCAAUCAAUUGUGGUUUAAGCAAUGAAAAAGAUUUGGGAUUCCUGCGAAGACAAUUGAAUCGUAAUUUACACACACCAUCCGAAAGUCCAGCAAUAUUGAAUACAAGUAAGCCCUGUCGUUAUGGCCUCAACUGCUCGCGCAGCGACUGUCAUUUUGUGCAUCCCGAUAGGAAAUCACCCGCUUCCAACAACGCAUCCUUCCAACCCAACACAUCGCCGAAUGGUCGUCAGAAUUCAUGGUUUCCCUUGAGCUUUUCAAUGUCGAUCAGCGAACAGGGUGAACUUAGUGUGCAAACCGAACACAGUAAUACGAAAACAGAAGAGCACAAUUACGCGGAAAAUAAGGAGAAUCGAAGAUGCAUUCAUGAAACGAGUACAGAAAGUGCAAGGAAACGAUUUGCGAAUCCGUCUACCAGCGAAUCGUAUCGCGAAUAUGCGCUGCAUGCUGUGGUCUGUCAAAUCGACGAUGGCACCCAAAAGAACCUGGUCUCGCUGAUUAAUGUAAGUAAAAAAUAUCAUAUACAAAAAAUGGCGUCUAGCGGCAGCAGUGGUGAAGAGCAACAACAGUGGUACAUUUUUAAUGAUUUCAGCAUUUCACCAGUUUCGAUACAGGAGUCUGUCUGGUUCACACUGGACUGGAAAGUGCCGUGCGUACUCUUUUACAGCAGCAUAAAUAUGGAUACGUUAACGACAUCGGCUGCUGCAGCUGCAGCCGCCAAAGGUGAUAUGCCAACAAACAGCACGGAAGCGGAAUUACCCCAACAUAACCCAUUCAUACAAGAUAUAACAAAUCCUGUACAGCUAGCGCCAGCGUCAGCGCCAAGCAGCAUGGGCGAUGUUAUAUUUAAGCCAUUGCAAGCGAAUGAAAUGCCACAGGCAGGUGAUUUGGUCGCUAUGGAUGCUGAAUUUGUCACAUUGAAUCCCGAAGAGAACGAAAUACGUCCGGAUGGCAAAACAGCAACCAUAAAACCAUGUCACAUGAGUGUGGCGCGUAUUUCAUGCAUACGCGGUCAAGGUCUCGAUGAGGGUGUACCCUUCAUGGACGAUUACAUAUCAACGCAGGAGAAGGUUGUCGAUUAUCUGACGCAAUUUUCGGGCAUAAAACCGGGCGAUUUGGAUGCGAACUUCAGCAGCAAACGACUGACGGCGCUCAAAAACUCAUAUCAAAAAUUGAAAUAUUUAGUGGAUAUUGGUGUUAUAUUUGUGGGACAUGGAUUGAAGAAUGACUUCAGAGUUAUAAAUAUUUAUGUGCCGUCAGAGCAAAUUAUCGACACUGUGCAUCUUUUCCAUCUCCCACAUCAUCGCAUGGUAUCGCUGAGAUUUCUCGCCUGGCACUUUUUGGGUACCAAAAUCCAAUCAGAAACACACGACUCCGUCGAGGAUGCGCGCACCACAUUGCAACUGUACAAACAUUACCUGAAAUUGAUGACGGAGCAGAAGUUUACCAGCGCACUGAAAAACCUCUACGAUCGUGGCAAGCAGUUGCAAUGGCGAGUGCCUGAAAACGAAUGAAUAUUGGCGCGUUUCAGCGCGUGCGCGACAGACGACUGACGACCGAUUGUAUGGAUGUGUGGAUGGGCUGUUUUAAAUGAUAAGAAUUUAUAGAAAUUUCAUGAGUUGGUGUGUGACUGGACGUUUGUCUGAUGAAGCGGCAAUGUGCAGCAACUUGAUUUCAUGCUCAUAACUGUAAAUGAAAUGCACAAAAACAUUACUUGCACACACAUACACACACACACACCGCAAUUUAUGUAUGCGUACAAACAUGAAAAAUGAAAAAAAAACUCAUACUCAUUAAGAAUACUGCGGCAAAAAGUACAAAAACGACACCGAACCGUGAGAAACAACAAAAAAGCAAAAAAGGAGAUAUCUUCAAAAAAAAAAACAAAAACAAAAAAAACACUACUUUGUUAUUCCAUUUUUUAAACUAAAAAAAGAGAUGAUCUUAAGAAAUUAAAACAAAAACGAGAUAAUAAUACGAACGCGAACAAGUGUAACGUGUAGUAAAGAAGAUUUUUAAUGAAUGUACACUAUUUUGUCAUACAUACAUACUUACAUAUGUUUGUUUUUAAACAAUAAUAUAUACACUAUCAUGAAACACUGUGAAAGAAAUUGUUAAAUAUUACAAAAAAAACAAAAAACAAAAGAAAAAAUAACAUUAUUAUUUACUACCCUGCAAUUCGAUGCCAUUCGAGUACAGUCCAAACAUUUGGUGUAGUCCAUAAAAGCAUAACAAUCACACGCUCUUGUUGUCCAUUUUGUAAACUCAACUACUAUGUCUUCAAUAAUAAACUACACUCAAUACAAUCACAUUAUAUUGAUAUCGACCACAUUAGCAGACACAUUUAUUUUUUGAAAUUUGCAACAAUAUUUAUUUUUUGUUUAGUAUAAAAGAGCGAAAAACCACAAGAUAACGAAAGGAAAAAAAAA